AAACUUAAAGAGUUAUAGGGAGACGGCUAGGGCUACCACAAGCAGUGGCUUUGGGCAAGGUCAGCAUGGCUUUCCAGCAGCCUAUUCUGAAUCCGAGUGUCCCCUUUUCUGGACCCAUCUUUGGAGGCCUGAGUGAAGGGAAGAUGGUGUUAAUCCAAGGAAUAGUCCAAACCUUCGUGAAAAGUUUUGGGGUGAACCUGCGGUGUGGGAAAGGGGACAUCGCCUUCCAUUUUAAUCCGCGUUUCAACGAGGGCCGCCUGAUGGUUGUAUGCAACACUGAGCAGAACGGCUGCUGGGGGGCGGAGGAAAGGACCUAUCACAUGCCCUUCCAGCCAGGCAACUACUUCGAAGUGAUCAUCAACGUCAGGAGCCACUGCUAUCAGGUCUCUGUGAAUGGUCAGCACUUCCUGGAGUACAGACACCGCCUUCCCCUUCAUACUGUCCAGAUUCUGGAGAUCAAAGGGGACGUGACUGUGAAUAGCAUUAACUUCACAAGCCCCAGCGUCUCCAAUAUGUUUGCCCAGCCAGUCUUCGGGGUUCCAGCUCCCAGUAGGAAGAAAAUGAAGAACUUCCCAAGACAGGUAUCAGUUGCCUCGCACAACAUUCCUAUGACUGUGACCAACCCUGUUGUCCCAUUCCAAGCAGCCAUCCCAGGGACUAUCUCUCAGGCCCGCAAGAUCACCAUUGUGGGGAAUGUGCCUUUCCAUGCAAACAGCUUUCACAUCAAUCUGAAAAACAGCAUGACCGGCAACAUCGCCCUGCACAUCAACCCACGGCUGAGGGAGAGGGCGCUGGUUCGGAACACCCAAACGCACGGCACGUGGGGCUCAGAGGAGAGGCAGCUCUCCACCCUGCCUUUCGCGCCAGGCCAGGCUUUCCAGAUGGAGAUAAUGAACACGAGGAACUGCUACCAGGUCUCAGUGAACGGGCUGCGUGUAUUUGACUAUGUCCACCGCCUCCCUGCCAACCAGGUGGACCAGCUACAGAUAGCGGGGGAUGUGACACUCUCCUAUGUGCAGUUCUGAUGGCCCCUCCUGGGCCACCAAGUUCUCACUAUUUGAUUCAACCCACUGGGCUCAGUCUCAUCCUCCACUCCAGAGCCCUCUCAUCAUCUUCAUUCAACAGCUCCACUGCCAAGCCCGGAGAUCUCAGGCACCAAAUCGCACAUCAUACAGAAACGCUGAAGUCUCACUAUGGGGGUUGGGGGAGGGAAGGACUUCUCUCAUUGUCUCUUCUUUGUCUAUAUGCAUUUCUGAUACUAUAGAUUAAAGCAGUGGUUCUCAACCUUUCCAGACUACUGUACCCCUUUCAGGAGUUUGAUGUGUCUUGUGCAUCAGAAGUUUCACUUCGCUUAAAAACUACUUGCUUACAAAUCAGAGAGAAAAACACAAGUGUCAUAGCACACUAUUACUGAUAAAGUGCUUACUUCCUCGUAGUAAUCAUAUAAUUAUAAAAUAAAUCAACUGGAAUAUAAAUAUUGUACUUACA